CCUAUAUAUUUCCUUAUAUAUAUUCUUAGGCUAUAGAUUUAAAGCAUUAAAGGUUUCUGUACUAGAGAAGUUGUGAAGUCUCCAGUGAUAGAUAAAACAUUAGUGAGACAUACAAGAAUUUUGAAGCUGUUAGAAAAUAACAUACAAUGAAGUAUUUUCCAAGAAUAAAGAAAAUGCAGACUUAUCGUAUCGCAUCAUUUUUCUCAGUUUGUUUAAUCGCAAGCUGUGUGUUGACUAAGGGAGAUCCAAAUGAAGAAGUUGCACAGAUAGUCAACUGUGUCUCCAUGUCUGGGGAUCAACAGCUAUGUGACGGAAUUCUGCAUUGCAAUGACAAGCUCUCAGAGCCAUAUCAGAAUGCUUACAAUGAAUGUGUUAAAAGAUAUCUUCCAAAUGGAAUCGGACGUUGCGAUGAAAAUUCUGAACUUUAUUACUCUGAAGAAAAACGAAAGCAGAUAUAUGGAUGUAUCCAGAACAAAGUUUCAAACGUAAAAUUGACUGACGAACAAGAACAGCAAAUGGAUGAUUUUGAAAAAUGUGUACAUGACCUCGGAAAGAAAGCUGGAUGCAACUCUUAAGACUGAAAAACUAAACACAUGGGGAAAAAAGGAAUUUGCUAAUUUAAUAUACUUACCUUAACGAAGAAUUUGCAUGUUUACUAGCUUGUAAUAACCGUCUAGAUAAUAAAACAA